GUGACUUUAGGGGUUUUGUUGGCCUGAGUUCUAAUUCACAAAAGAAAGAACGGCGGAGGAGGAUCCGCACCCCUUCUUUACAUGGAUAUCUGUAAAUGGGAGAUCCAUAAAAGGAUGGCUUUUAAGCUAUUCCAUGACAAAGCCCCCUACACCGUAUCAAAUUUCCAUGCGCUAUGUACAAGUAAAAUGGGAGUAAGUCCCAAAAUUGGGAAGCUUUUGUCUUACCUGCAAUGUUUUCUUUAUAAGGUCGAUAGCCUAUCCCAUGUGAAGGGAGGUGCUUUGUGUCCAAGAGUUAUAAGUUUCAUUUGGUCUGAUGUCCAGUUUGCUAUAAUUUGUUGAAGGGAAAGGUAGAGAUAGCAUAUAUGGCCCAUAUUUUCUAGGUGAGAAUGCUAGAUCAUACUUUUGAAAAGUUAAUCAAAAUGUAUGUCUAUUUAUGUCUAUUCUACAUUGUUGUGAUCUAUUUCAAUUGAGGAAAAUGAG